AACAAACAGCAAUUUCUUGAAUGAAAUCUCCUUUUUGAUUUUUUUUUUUUUUCGAAUUAAAACAUAUAACAAAUUAUCUCAUUUUAAAUAAUAUGUCCUUACCACCAGCUUUAUUAAAGCGCUUAGCUUCUCGAGGUCUUGUUAAAGGAGGCUCUGUUUCCGAUGAUUCUGGUCAAAUUGAAAGCAAAGCCGAAGAAGUUCUGGAAAAUGAAGAAAUCAUUGCCGAAGACUACGAUGAAAUUGACAUUGAAUAUCCUUCACAAUUCGAUACAUACGAACCUGAAAGAAGAAUUGAAGAGAAUUUCUGGAUUGAACGAAUGAAACUUCGCAUUGGCGAUGGAAAUCAAUCCGGGUACAAAGGAUGUCCAAAUAAAUAUAAUAUUUAUCACAAAUGUAGUCUCUUCUGUGUAACACGUUGGGGUAAUGGUAUUCUAGAACCCGAAAAAGGUUAUUUAAAGCGAAGGGCUCGACUCAAUAGAAAAUACCCACUUCCAAAAGGUUGGAAAGAACUCUAUGAUUCUGGUUGUGGAGUUUUUUACUAUUGGAAUACAGGAAAUAAUAUGGUAUCUUGGUUACCACCAACUCAUCCAAAAGCCACUAUAACCAAAAGUGCAGCUGUCUUUAGGCGGCAAUUAGAAGAAAUGGUUCCACUUGAAAGUGAUGAUGGUGCCGAUGAUAAAAUCGAUAGCGAAGGAGGCUCAAGGUCAGCAGAUCCCGACGAAACAAAUGUCAUGCCUUUGGAUGCACCGUCAUCCAAAAUCGAUCGUCUAAAGAGUGACUUUAGAAGUCAACAUGUUCUAGGACCGAAAAAACACCGAAAUCGUGAUUUAGAUAAAAUGAUUCGGCAGAAGGAAAUAAAACGCUAUCGCGAUAAGAUGUUGAGAAAAGAAAGUCACCGUGACUCACACCGCAAAGGAGAUUUGCCAAAGCCAAUGGGGGAAUAUAGCGAUAAGGGAAGUACAAGUCAAUAAUAUAAUAAAUUAAAUAAAAUAACUUGAGAAACAAUAAA